AUGGCAAUGCUCAAGCAAUUGACAAUGAAUGUGCCAUUGGUUGAGGCACUGGAACAAAUGCCAGAAAAUGCUAAGUUUAUGAAGGAUCUGUUGACAAAGAAAAGGGCAGUAAGCUAUGAGCCGAUGGACAAUCUCCACCAUUGCAGUGUUGUUUCUACACGAUCCUUAGUGCAGAAGAAGGCCGACCCUGGAGCAUUCAUUAUUCCAUGUACAAUCGGGCCUCUCGAUAUUGCUAAGGCCCUAUGUGAUCUGGAGGUGACCAUAAAUCUGAUGCCACUAGCCAUGUAUAAAAAGCUGGGUUUGGGAGAUCCAACCCCGACAAACAUACGGUUGGUUAUGGCAGAUAGGUCUAUAAAGCGGCCAAUAGGAAUACAACAUGGUGUAUUGGUAAAGGCUUCCGACUUUAUACUUCCUAAUAAUUUCAUAGUCCUUGAUUGUGAUGCAGACUUUAAAGUAUCCAGUAUUUUGGGUAGAUCAUUCCUCACGAAUGGGAGAGUGAUAGUAGACAUGGAGCUGAAUGAGCUGAUAUUCAGGCUCAAUGACAAAGAAGCAAGAUUCGCAAUACACUCACCUAUGACACAACAAAAGGAGAUCAGUGUUUUCUCAAUCAUGGAUGUAUUUUAUGAAGAUGGUAAAAAGGUAUCAGCAGGUAUUAUAAUGGCACCCAAAGGAAAGAGCACCAAACCUACAAAGAAAGUGAAAAAAGAGAGUAUACCUCAAAGACUCUUCGAUGAGGGAUCCGAUUAUGAGGAGGAGGAUCCACUGCUUAGGAAGCAAAGGAAAAAAUAA